AUGGUGGUGCAGGAGGCACCACCAGUUGCUGCUUCAGCUCCCGGUCCGUUGGCUGCCUUGAUGGUGCAGGAGGCACCACCGCCUGUUGCUUCUCCGCCGGCUGUCUUGGUGGUGCAGGAGGCACCACCGGCAGCGGCAGUCGCGCCGGCAGUGUUGGUGGUGCAGGAGGCACCACCAGAAGCUGCUACUCCGCCGGCUGCUUUGGUGGUGCAGGAGGCACCACUGGUAGCGCCGACAGCGUUGGUGGUGCAGGCGGCACCACCGGUUGUGGCUCAUCGCUCGUCGGCGGAUCUGGUGGUGCAAGAGGCACCACCGUCUGCUGCUGCGGGCCCGCUGCCUGCUUUGGAGGUGCAGGCGGCACCUCUGGCCGCGGCGUUGGAUUUUGGUGUUGAUGCUGUGCAGAAGUGCUAUCAGUCGAUGCGGGCGACUUCUGUGUAA